UUGAUUGAAAGAGUGUGUGAGGCUUGGACAUAUAGUGCACCUCCAUCCCUCCUACUCUGCAGGAGUUCAGCAUAGCUAGCUCUCCUUGGCUAAUCCCAGCAGAUAGCUGGGAGGAGCAGGUCUGGGACGCUGCCAUGUGGUGAAUGUUCAGUGCUCAGUAUAUUUUCUUGCACUCCUUCCAUUCUGUACACGGAUAAGUCGCUGCUAUUACAAUUUUUUUUUUCCUCCCUGCGUUCGCCAAUUCAGGACUUUCUUGGCUUGUAGAAAGCAAAAAAAGGCACUGCACUAUUAUCUCCAGACAGGGACCAGGAGAGUGACAGGUACUGGCACAAAAGGCAGAGAAAACUUGGUUCCUGGGCUGACACAUGGAGGUAAUUAUGCUGCUUGCAUUCCACACUCUGUGAUGCUUCCCCCCAUGCAGGGCUAUCUGCCAUUCCUGUAAGGAGCCAAUGCACAGCACUUCACCUCCAACUCUGCCCCAACUCACCAGCCCACAAAUUCCUCUGGACUUAUGAACAAAGAUGCAAACGCUUCUCGCCUUCUUUCUGGGUCUCUGCUGUUUGACUGGAGGUCUAGCACAGACAGAGUUUAAACGUGUAUCUGAGGAAAACGUGACCUUGCCGUGUCAGCACAGAUUGGGAUUGGUGGGAGCCAACUUGGACAUUGAGUGGCUGUCAAAUGCUUCUGACCACAGUCAAAAAGUGAUCCUCAGUUACAGUGGAGGUCAAGUCUAUGAAAAUGAAGACCUGAAGGGCCGUUAUAGUUUUAGCUCCAACUUCUUAGCUGGAGAUGCUGCCAUGUUCAUCAGAUCUCUGGAGCCUAGUGAUGCUGGCCUGUACACCUGCAAAGUGAAAAACGCUGGCCAAUAUGAAUGGAGCUAUAUCAGACUGAAGAUUCUUGUGAAGCCUUCUGAACCUGACUGUUGGGUUGAAGGAGAACAGACAGUAGGAAGAAAUAUCACUUUGCAUUGCCAUUCAUUAACUGGGUCACAACCCAUGUCCUAUCGGUGGGAGCGGAUAAAGCAAAUGGGUGAUAUCGCAGUGGCCUUACCAAGUACUGCCCACUUGGACACAGCCCAGCGACUAGUGCUGAAAAAUGUGAGCGCAGCAGACAAUGGCUCUUACCGUUGUGUUGUGAGCAAUGACGUCGGAAAAAAAACAUGUAAUAUAAAUUUGACAGUAAAAUCUCCUACUAAUGUGGCUUUUCUUGCCGGAACAGUCUGUGGUACAGUGGGUGGUGUGUUUGUCUUGUUUUUUAUCUGCUGGUUUGUUUUACGGAAAAAAGAGCUCAAGAAAAGGGAAGAAGAUGAAUUCCUCAACGAAAUUAGGGAAGAUGCUGAAGCUCCUAAAGCUCGGCUGAUGAAACCUGGAUCAAGCUCCUCAGGCUCCAGAAGCUCACGCUCAGGUUCUUCAUCCACCCGCUCCACAACCAACAGUGCCUCUCGUAGCCAACGAACUCUUUCAACACAGGAAACUCCUCGCGGAGAAUUAAGACACCACUGCCUGGAUCAGAUAUAGCGGGAAAAGUCCAGCAAAGAUAACAUGAGACAUGGAGUCUUAAAAAGAAUGUAUGUGUCUAAUGACACAGGAAUAAGAACAGUGGGCCAUCUGUAAGGAUAAAGACUAUAAAAGGAUGCCUGGGUUACUUGUACAUCUUUAAAACCACAUCUUUGUUUUAUUUGAUUUACUGCAUCACCAGUAGUGAAUUUGCACCUUUUUUCAGAAAACAGAUAUGGAGUUACAAAGCAUAAAAAGGAAACGGACCUGGGGAAGAGCAAAACAAUUUAUUCUUGUCAAACAGGUACAACAAAAAAUAAAACCUUUUAUGAAAGCUGCAAGGAAAUGUGAACAAAAGCGGUACAACUUAUUAUGAUUUGUGUUGUGAACAACACAAGGAAGGUAAAGUAACUAACUUCAAUGAACUAUGUAGCAAUGUGAAUUGUUUUUGUAAGGGAAACUUCUUUACGACAAAGGUACAAAACAUUUUUUUGAUGAUCAGCAUUUGUUCUAUGAGAAGGAAUUUUAUUUUUAUGUUUUCAAACUGUUUUGAUUUUGUGCAUUUCAAUGUCUUGUGAAGCCAAAACCUCUAGCAGCAGAUUAGUCUGCAAAGAAGGACUUUAAGAAAUUAGCUUGACAAAAAGGGAACCGACAACUUGCCAAAAUUUCCAUUUUAUUGUUGUCUAGUGGCCACUAACGACAUAGACUAAUGUGCAUCUGCCACCUACACAGGUACAACCGAAUACAGUCUGGUACCAGAAAGAUUUUGCUGUUUUGACACCACAGUGGCUAAGGAGGACAAACUUGUCGCCGCCUUGGAGGAGACCAUUCUGCUAGUUUGUAUCAGAGCGAGUAAAAAUCUCUGCUCAUAAUAUCAUGCAGCAGACUGUAAUUGGUUGCCAAUGUUGUGUCCAAACAGCAAUUCGUCGAAAUCUCGAAUUACUGAUCGUUUAAAGAAAACGGAAGUGAGGUGGUUGGAGUUUCUGACAAGUUGGCUAAUUUGACAGAACACCGACCCUUUAGGGACUUAAAAAGUUGGGAAGCGGAGCAGGGGUUAUGGUCAUGUGACCGCCGUGAUUGGCUGUCAUGGCAGUCACAUGAUCAGAAAGCUCUCAGCUUUCAGUUACCCGCCUGUAACUGUCGGGAAUGCGCAGGGUAUGCACUCUCGACACAGCGCUAUUGCACGCAAAUAUGUCGCUUGUCUGGGCCAUGGCCUGGCUGCCGAGAGACCGCAUAUUUGCAUGCGCUCGGCGGUUGAUAAAGCAAUUACAAAGGUAAUGCGGUAGGCUUAUGUGCCCUCUGUUUCUUGUUUUUUCCCUUUGAGUGCUGCCCCAAUAUUUAUCAAAUUUGCCAGUAAGGGAACACCUCAAGCUGAGAUCACUCCUACGGUGACAUCAUUGAUAACGUGUAAGCUCAAUUUAACAUGUACAGUUCAUAUCCAGGUCCCUUAAAAUUAACAGCCUUAAAAGAGAAAAAAAAAAGAUAACAUGCCAAGCCAAGGUGUUAAUGAAUAAAAACCUCAGACAAUACCUAUUAAUUUUGCAAUAAUGAAAAAGGUAAAAUAUUUUGUAUACUAGUAAGGGCUCACGUUGGUUAAAAAGGGUAAUUACUCCUGAGUAUUCCCUUACGGAACCACUGUCAGCAUUUUUCUUCCCAAUUGCUCUUGGACGAAAAAUAACAACCAAGACAGUUGCUAACAGGUAUGUUUACAUACAAAGUGUGUUUCUGGCUGUUACCUGCUCUUACACAAAGGAGCAGCCCACAUAUAAGCCAUAGCUUGCAACAACAAAAAAAUAGAAACCUAUGCGAAUUGCUACAUCAUAGGAACAGUCCUAUGUCUUAACUUUUCUAUUUGGAAACUAGUGUGAUUACCUUUUUAUAUGGAGUCAUCUAUGAAGCCUUUAUAUAUUCGUGCUGAUAAACACCAAGUUACUGCUCUAGUAUGAUAUUGGUUUUGUGACUUGAGUAGCCAUUGUGAAUUACAGUAUGUAGUAUGAAUUAUGUAUAGAGAUGAAUGCAUUGCAAAAAAAAA